UCCUGGAGGAAGGCCCGGGGAGUGAGGGUUUGGCUCCACAUGACCAGGCCCUCUUGCCCCAUCUUCCCCCAGCUCCUGGCCCUGCUCCUCCAUCUGUGCAGGCAGCCCUUGCACCUCCAUUGGCUCCACAAGGGGCUCUUGUUGCUGUCUGUGCUGCUAGUGGCUGCCACCCUGGUGGGGCUGGAAAUCCAGUGGCAGGAAGAGUGGAGAAGCCUCCAUCUGUCCCUGCAGGCCACAGCCCCUUUCCUGCACAUCGGAGCAGUGACUGCACUCACCCUCCUGGCCUGGCCAGCAGCUGAGGCCUUCUACUGCGCUCAGAGAAGAGGUCCCAAGGUGCUGAUACUCCUCCUGUUCACCGGUGCCGCCCUGGCUAUCUACCUGGCACCUCUGGGCAUCUCAUCACCAUGCCUCAUGGAGUAUGGACAGCUCCCCCCAAAGCCCAAGCUGGUGGGGCACCGAGGGGCUCCCAUGCUGGCUCCCGAAAACACCCUGAUGUCCCUCCGCAAGACUGCUGAGUGUGGGGCCUCUGUGUUCGAGACAGAUGUGAUGGUCAGCUCUGACGGGGUCCCCUUCCUCAUGCACGAUGAACGCCUGGACAGGACAACAGACGUGGCCUCCGUGUUCCCUGCCCGAGCUGCAGGACACAGCAGUGAUUUCUCAUGGGCUGAGCUGAAGCAGUUAAAUGCGGGGACCUGGUUCCUGGAGAGACCACCAUUCUGGGGAGCCAGGGAGCUCUCGAGCCCAGAGCGGCAGGAAGUGGAGAACCAGACGGUGCCUUCACUAAGGGAGCUGCUGGUGGCAGCUGCCACCCUCAAUCUGUCCAUCAUGUUUGACUUGCGCCGACCCCCACCAAACCACACGUACCACCACACCUUCAUCAACUGCACCCUGGACACUGUGCUGAGUACCAGGGUUCCCCCGGCCAUGGUGCUCUGGCUGCCAGAUGAAGACCGAGCCGAGGUCCAGCUCCGGGCCCCCGAACUUCGUCAGGUGUACGGCCAGAGAAAGCAGGACCGAACAGAGCGGCCCCAGCUCCUCAACCUGCCCUAUCAGGACCUGCCACUGACAGACAUCCACCGCCUGCGAGCCGACAACAUCUCGGUGAACCUGUUUGUGGUGAACAAGCCGUGGCUCUUCUCCCUGCUCUGGUGUGCCGGGGCUGCCUCGGUCACCACCAACGCCUGCCAGCUGCUGCAGCAGCUGGCGCACCCGCUCUGGCUCAUCCCCCCCCAAACGUACCAGGUCAUCUGGGUUGUCUCGGAGUGCCUGUCUGCCCUCACGCUUCUCUGCGUCUUCUCCCUGCAGGGAAAAUGUGCCAGGCGGAGAGCGAGCCCCGGUAAGUGCCACCCAAGCACUCCUGCGCCCGGCCUGCUCCCUGGCACACGCUCAUGGCGCCCCCCCCCUGUUCCUCCAGGCCCCGAGAAUGAGGUGCUGCUGCUGACCAGGAUUGACACAACGGUGCCGGCCUGAGGGCCCGGGCGGAGGGGAUGCAGAGAACCCUAACCCUAACACCGAGCACUGGGGGAGAGAAGGGCCUGCCGCGGGGCAGUGCGGCGAGGCCCAGUCGGGUGGUACGGGGCUGUCCCGAGGAACGCUGUGGACCGCUGUGGGUCUUCUCUCUGUCUUUCAAUGAAUGGAAUCCCCCAUA